UACCGAACAACUGGAGCACGAUGCCCAAACUGCACUGACGUCACCGCGGCGGGACCGCGCCAUCUUCAUAAUACAAGAGAAGUGUGGACGUUGAAUGAUAGCCGUGUCUUCUGAAAGAAACAGUUCCUACAUGGAGUGAUUCUCUUGCUUUUCGAGCAGGUGGUCUAGCCGUUUUUGUCACCAUGGGGGUCAAGAUCCAACGUUCUCGGUGCUUUCUUGACAUCGGAAUUGGAAAUGUACUUGUCGGCCGCAUUGUCAUUGAGCUGUUUUCAGAUGUCUGUCCCAAAACGUGUGAAAACUUCCGAUGCCUUUGCACAGGUGAGAAAGGCAUUGGUAAGGGAACACAGAAACCUCUCCACUACAAAGGAUGUCUGUUCCAUCGCAUUGUGAAAGACUUCAUGAUCCAAGGAGGGGACUUCAGUGAAGGCAAUGGAAGAGGAGGUGAAUCCAUCUACGGGGGAUUUUUUGAAGAUGAAAGCUUUGCUGUGAAACACAACAAGGAGUAUAUGCUGUCUAUGGCAAACAGGGGAAAGGAUACAAAUGGGUCACAAUUUUUCAUAACAACAAAACCAACUCCACAUUUGGAUGGGGUUCAUGUGGUUUUUGGCCAUGUGAUUUCCGGUCAAGAGGUUGUACAAACUAUGGAGAGCCAGAAAGCCGAUCCUAAUAGCAGACCUUAUGCAGAAGUUAAAGUUAUGAACUGUGGGGAACUUGUCCCCAAAUCAAAAGCCAAGAAACACAGCAAAAAGAAAGAGAAGGCCCUGUCGGGUUCCAGUUCCAGUGACUCUGGCACCUCCUCAGAAUCCUCUUCCGACACUGAUGAAUCUGACAAAGUGUCUAAGAAGCAGAAAAAGAGAGCCAAAAAGCUAAAGAAGAAGCAGAAGAAAAAGGAGAAAAAGCCAGAACCUGAAACUAUUGAAGAGAAAGAACAGGAAGAGGUGGUCACAUCUACAGUGCGUCCUGAAGAAAUACCUCCAGUCCCUGAGAAUCGAUUCCUUAUGAGGAGAAGUCCAUCGAUUGUCGAGCCGGAAAAAGAGAACCUGGAGAAGGAACAGCGUAAUAAAGAACGACCCAGAGACAGCUUUGGUGUGAGACACAAUUCUCAGUCAACCUACAACAGAAGACUGGUUAUGACACGAUCUGGCAGAAAGAUAAAAGGCAGGGGCCCCAGGAGGUACAGAACUCCUUCCCGGUCUACUUCAAGAUCGAGGGGUCGUUUUCGGCGUAGUGAAACUCCUCCCCACUGGCGUUUAGAGUUGCAGCGCCAGAGAACGAGAGCAGUCACAGGAGAACGUUGGAUUAAGGGUGACAGAGGUGACAUGAGCGAGGAGAAGGACGAGGCUACUAAUUCACAGAGGAGAGAACGGCAAACAUCUGGUACCAAGCUGGAAUACGCACAUGAGGGUAAAAAAGACAAGAAAGCUCGGCCUCAGCGAUCCAAAAGCAAGGAAGACUCUGUGGAAAAGGGUGAAAAGAAAAGCAAGCAGAAGGACAGGAAAAGAGCCAGAUCUAAAAGCCACAGUAAAAGUAAGAGGUCAAAAAGCAGAGAAAAGAGGAGAUCAAAAAGUAAAGAAAAGAGUCACAGACAUAAAAGUAGCGACAAAAAAGAUCGCUCAAGGAGCAAAGAUCGAAUUGUGACUAAGAAAGAAAAGCAGUCUGAAUCUGAUCAGAGCAAGGAAAAAAUUAAGGAGAAAGAGUCUAAUGAUAAGCAGAAAGCGGAUUCAAAAACAAGCAAUGGGGAGAAACCAAGGACCAAGUCCCCAAGCAAAGACAGAAAUGCAAAGGAUGUGCACAGAUCCAGCAGCAGAAACCGAGAGAAGGGUGGACGUGCCACUUCCAAGGAUAAAGAGGAAAAACGAGAAAAAGACAGAGCGAGGGGCAGAGAAAGCAGUAGGAGCACACACAGAAGACAUACCGAUGAAAAGGAAGACAAAAGACGGAGAUCCCGGAGUAGGGAGCGUGGGAAAAGUCCAGACCGAAGCAAGACCAGAGAUUUGCAUAAGAGCAGGCGCUCUAGAAGCAAGAGCAGUAGGAGAGGGCGGAGCAAAGAUCGCUCAAUGCUCCGUAAAGACAGCCAGAGGAGAAGAAGAAGAAGGAGCAGCAGUAGCAGCAGCAGGAGCAGCAGCAGCUCUGACAGCGAUAGAGACGAUAGACGCAAGCGCCGCAAGAGCUCAGAUUCCAAACGGAGAAGAUCCAAAAGCACCUCCAAAGACAGGAAAAGAGGCAACACUAAAGGCAAGAAUGACCGCAAGAAGAAUCGCUCAAGCUCUAGUUCCAGCUCUGAUAGCCACUGAGAUCUGUUAUCUAAAGCUCGGUGCGCAUUCAGCAUGCAGCUAUUUGUCAACCUAAUUGCUGACAUUCCUCACACACCUCCUCAGUUCAUCCAUAACAUCUGGCAACCUUAAAUUGCUGAACAAUACACAAGAGGCUGCACCGUAUGAAUGCAAUGCUUGAAAACAGGAAGAUCUGGACUAAAGCAGCAGAAACAACAGACCAGUCUUGUGAGCUUUGCUCCUGUUAAUAAACCUGAAUUUGUCUACUGAGAAAAUGGAAAGAAUAAGAAACCCAUGUAAUAAAAAUACAACUUUAAAAGCUGAAAAUGUAGAUCUUAGGCUUAGUUGCAGUCCUGAGCCGAAGCAACUAGUGGGUGGUAGACAGAGGGUAAGCUAAAGUGCACUAUAGAGGACUGAAAACCAGCACCCCUAUAAGUUAACAAUCUGAGGCUGCUCUUUUAAACGGUAUGACUACAGUUCGGUUUUUGCUUAGUUUUGUUUUUUUGGCGCAACCGGCAAAAUAUCUUUUUAUACUGAGUUCAUUGUUAUUUAACAUCGUUUUGAGGCCGCCAAAUAUGAGAAUUGAUAAAACUUUAUUGUACGGUUAUCUCCGAUCUAGAGGUUUUAAUCGUUUUAAUGAUCUCUUGCCAGUUCGUCUUGUUGUCAACCGAGUGAUGCCCCCUGUGUGUUUUGAAAUGGAAAAAAAACCUAAUGCUGCAAGUACAACAUGAAAUCUUGUUGGAAUUGUCUUUAUUGUACAAGCUGUUUUAGGAGCUCCCUUCUCCUUUUAAAAAGGUAUUAAAAAACACAAAUGUGAGAUCUCCAGCAAUUACUAGCACUUAAGGUGAUAAUUAUUGCAUUCCAGUAAUUCACAUCUUUAAAGAAAAUUCAGUUCUUGCUUGGAUAAAAAGGAUAUCACAAGGUCCUAUGUCACCAUGUAAACCCAAGUCUUUUCUUUGCUUCUUCAAUAUUUACAACAUCAUGGAUUUUCUUGAUGUUCCGGGUGCUGUCUGAGACGUAUUUAGGCAUUUCAGCUCCACUCAUAUCCUGAACAAGGUAGCGAGGUCUUGCCCGGGUAAAACUGGGACCGCAUGCGGCCCCAUCCCUCACAGCCUUGUAAAGUGGAAGGACUUUGCGCUGAGCGUCAGCUGCUGCUUGGACCACCUCCAAUGAGUACUUCUUAAACACUUCUUCUUCUUCGGCAAAGAGCUGUAGGUUCUCUGCUUCAAAUUUGUGUUCUGCUCUCUUUAAUUGAUGCUGCCUGGCCUGUUUUUCUACCUGCAUUUUAAAGGAAGCAGUUAAUUUUAGUUCUUCUUAAGCAAGUUAAAGAUAAACCAUACUUGCAAGUAAAGUUAUUAUUUUCUGUAAGGGACAUGUACAGUGCAUCCGGAAAGUAUUCUCAACGCUUCACUUUUUCCACAUUGUUAUACCAUAGUAACAAUGUGAAAGUGUUAUUUUUUUAGAUUUUUUUGCUAUCUUACUAAAAAGUAUUAACAGUAGUGCUGUGAAUCUUUGGGCCCCACAUGAUUCGAUAUGAUUCUUGAAGAUAAUGAUACGAUUAAGAAUCGAUUCUCGAUUCAGAAUGAAUACUUGUAUAAUAAAAUUGGGUGCCAGUUCUGUGAUUAACUACAUUCCUCCAUAAAAUAGACAAACAGCUUUGAUCCAUUUUUGUAUUCCAUACUUAUCUGUACAGCAAAUAUGGCCAUCUACACCAACAAUAUGAUUUGCCUGGCUGGAAAAUACAGAUUAAAUUUAAUAUACAGUCGUGGUCAAAAGUUUACAUACACUUGUGAAGAACAUAUUGUCAUGGCUGUCUUGAGUUUCCAAUAAUUUCUACAACUCUUAUUUUUUUGUGAUGGUGAUUGGAGCACAUACUUGUUUGGUUCUUUUAUGAUUUUAUUAUGGGUCUACUGAAAAUGUGUCCCUUGGCAAGUUUCACUGCAAUAAGGCGCUUUUGGUAGCCAUCUACAAGCUUCUGGUUGAAUUUUUGACCACUGCUCUUGAUUUUUUUUUUUAUCGAUUAGGAAUUGUUACAAACAAGAAUCGCAAUUAAUUCCAAAAUUGAUAUACAUUUUAUUUUUAUACCUAAUUCGGAGCUUUUGCCAUGAGGCUCAAAAGAGAGUUCAGGGGCAUCCUGUUUCAACUGAUCACCCUCGAUGUUCCUACAGCCUAAUUGAAGUCCACCUGUGGUAAAUUCAGUUGGUUGGACUUGUUUUGGGAAAGCGCACACCUCUUUAUACAUAAAGUCCCGCACUUGAGUCAAAGGAAUAGUCUGUAGACAUGUGUGACGGGGUUGUAUCAAGGCACAAAUCUGGGAAAGGGUACAAAAAAAUGAUCUGCUGCCUCGAAGGUCCCAAUGAGCACAGUGGCUUUCAUCAUCCGUAAAUGGAAGAAGUUUGUAACUACCAGGUCUCUUCCUAGAGUUGGACCGACAUCUUAACUGAGUACUCGGAGGAGAAGUGCCCUAUUCAAAGAGAUGACCAAGAACACGAUGGUCGCUCUGUCAGCUGUAGCAUUCCUCUGUGAAGAACCUUAAAGGACAACCAUCUCUGCAGGAUUCCACCAAUCAGACCUGUAAGUGGCCAGAUGGAAGCCAUUUCUUUGUAAAAGUUUUCCGCAUUGCACCUAAAAGACUGUCGGACCAUGAGGAACAUUAUUUGGCCUAAUGAGACAAAGAUUGAACUCUUUGGCGUGAAUGCCAAGCAUGUUUGGAGGAAACCAAGCGCCACUCUUCACCAGGCCAAUACCAUUCCUACAGUAAAGCAUGGUGGUGGCAACAUCAUGCUGUGGGUAUGUUUUACAGUGGCAGGAACUGGGAUACUACUCAGGAUAGAGGCAAAGAUGAAUGCAGCAAAGAAUAGAGACAUCCUGGAUGAUAACCCGCACCAGAGUGCUCUUGUAGUCAGACUAGGCCGCUUCUUUCAGCAGGACGACGACCUUUAGCACACAGCCAAGAUAUCAAAGGAAUGGCUUCAGGACAACUCUGUAAAUGACUUUAAAAAUCUGAAAGUUGCUGUGCAUCGACGCCUCCCAUCCAACCUAAUAAAAUUUGAGGUGCCGCAAAGAGGAAUGGGUAAAACUGCCAAAGGUAGGUGUGCCAAGCUUGUGGUAGAGUAUUCAAAAAGACUUGAGGCUGUAAUUGAUGCCAAAGGUGCAUCAGCAAAGUGCAUGUGAUAUCUUAGUUUUUUAUUUUUAAUACAUUUACUAUCAUUUCUAGAAAUAUUUUUCACAUUGUCAUUAUGAGGUAUUAUUUGUAGAAUUUUGAGGGCAAAAAUGAAUUUAUUCCAUUUUGGAAAAAGGUCUGUAACAUGGAAAAAGUGAAGCGCUGUGAAUACUUUCCAGAUGCACUGUAGUACCAAUCUGAAUAAUAAUGACAGUUCUAAUCAUAAUUUACCAUCUGGCUUGCAUUGAAGUCUUGUAACUUUUGAAGAUCAUGCUGGAUGUUCUUCAUUUUCAGUUUCUGUUCCUCUGAGAACAUUCUGUCAUCUUUUUUCUUUGCCUCCAGCGAUUCUCUUUCCUCCUCCUUUCUCAUUAAGUAAUGUUGCUCCAUUUCUUGGACCUGUUGGAACACAACUUGUGUGACAAUAGAGACAUUUGGCUUUUCUCAAAGCAGUUCAACACUUGCUACCAUGUGUUCCCUAUGUGAUGUAAUUGACUUCAUCAUUGCCGUCCGUCUCUCAUCCUCCUCCCACUUUUGCUGCAUUUUCUUUGAAUCCUGCUCUGCGACCGCCUCGGCCACCUUCUGCUCCUUCUGAUCCGUCUGCUCCUGCUGAGCCACUAUCAGUUUGUCCAUGAUCUUCUCUCUGUGAUUCUGGACUUCUCUGAGCAAAAAAGGACAAAAACAAAUAUUAUACUUUGACUCUGUAGUCUCAAUGCUUCUGCUGCUGCUGCACAAGUGCUGACUAGAACCAAGAGAAGAUGAAUCCUUGCUUUUUUUCUGCAUUGUAAAAAAUCCUUUGCUACAAAGCGCUAAUGGUGAGUCACCAUUUGGUAGAGUGGCCGUGCCAGCAAUCAAAGGGUUGCUGGUUACUUGGGUUCAAUCCCCACCUUCUACCAUCCGAGUCACAUCCGUUGUGCCCUUGGGCAAGACACUUCACCCCUGCUCCUGAUGGCUGCUGGUUAGCGCCUUGCAUGGCAGCUCCCGCCAUCAGUGUGUGAAUGGGUGAAUGUGGAAAUACUGUCAAAGCGCUUUGAGUACCUUGUAGGUAGAAAAGCGCUAUACAAGUAUAACCCAUUGUACAAACCAUAUGAGUUGGGAAAUUGUGUUAGAUGUAAAUAUAAACGGAAUACAAUGAUUUGCAAAUCAUUUUCAACCCAUAUUCAGUUGAAUAUGCUACAAAGACAACAUAUUUGAUGUUCAAAUGAUAAACUUUUUCUUUUUUUUUUCAAAUAAUCAUUAACUUUAGAAUUUGAUGCCAGCAACACGUGACAAAGAAGUUGGGAAAGGUGGCAAUAAAUACUGAUAAAUUGAGGAAUGCUCAUCAAACACUUAUUUGGAACAUCCCACCAUUGAACAGGCAAAUUGGUGGGUGCCAUGAUUGGGUAUAAAAGUAGAUUCCAUGAAAUGCUCAGUCAUUCACAAACAAGGAUGGGGCGAGGGUCACCACUUUGUCAACAAAUGCGUGAGCAAAUUGUUGAACAGUUUAAGAAAAACCUUUCUCAACCAGCUAUUGCAAGGAAUUUAGGGAUUUGACCAUCUACAGUCCGACAGAGAAUCUGGAGAAAUCACUGCACGUAAGCAGCUAAGCCCGUGACCUUCGAUCCCUCAGGCUGUACUGCAUCAACAAGCGACAUCAGUGUGUAAAGGAUAUCACCACAUGGACUCCGGAACACUUCAGAAAACCACUGUCAGUAACUACAGUUGGUCGCUACAUCUGUAAGUGCAAGUUAAAACUCCUAUGCAAGGCGAAAACCGUUUAUCAACAACACCCAGAAACGCCGUCUGCUUCGCUGGGCCUGAGCUCAUCUAAGAUGGACUGAUACAAAGUGGAAAAGUGUUCUGUGGUCUGACGAGUCCACAUUUCAAAUUGUUUUUGGAAACUGUAAACGUCGUGUCCUCCGGACCAAAGAGGAAAAGAACCAUCCGGAUUGUUAUAGGCGCAAAGAUGAAAAGCCAGCAUGUGUGAUGGUAUGGGGGUGUAUUAGUGCCCAAGACAUGGGUAAUUUACACAUCUGUGAAAGCGCCAUUAAUGCUGAAAGGUACAUACAGCUUUUGGAGCAACAUAUGUUGCCAUCCAAGCAACGUUACCAAGGACGCCCCUGCUUAUUUCAGCAAGACAAUGCCAAGCCACGUGUUACAUCAACGUGGCUUCAUAGUAAAAGAGUGCGGGUACUAGACUGGCCUGCCUGUAGUUCAGACCUGUCUCCCAUUGAAAAUGUGUGGUGCAUUAUGAAGCCUAAAAUACCACAACUGAGAUCCCCGGACUGUUGAACAACUUAAGCUGUACAUCAAGCAAGAAUGGGAAAGAAUUCCACCUGAGAAACUUAAAAAAUGUGUCUCCUCAGUUCCCAAACGUUUACUGAGUGUUGUUAAAAGGAAAGGCCAUGUAACACAGUGGUGAACAUGCCCUUUCCCAACUACCUUGGCACGUGUUGCAGUCAUGAAAUUCUAAGUUAUUAUUUGCAAAAAAAAAAUAAAGUUUAUGAGUUUGAACAUCAAA